CGCUGCGAGGCUCCACUAGCGUCUCGGUUGUCAGAGAGGUGCGUUCAGUGCCCUGCUGCCGUGUGGACAUCUCAGCUCUCUGUUUACUCUCUGUGUGUCCAAAAGUCAUGGAUGAACCAACCGAAGAACAAACAUAGCCUACAGAUUUUUUUCGUUCAGCAUGUCAACUCAGCUCCACUGUGACAAAGAAAGAAAGAAAUCACUGUGUUAUAACUCAACCGGAGAGGAAAGGAAAUGUUGACAGGUUGAGCGUCACUUCGGACUGCCAUCAGCACCUAGCAGAGUGGACCUCCACACUUUCACCCUACAACGUCUCCUGUGGUCUGCCUAACUGAUCCGGUGUCAAAAUGUCCUCACAACGGGGAGACAUUCCAGCACUUGAGUCUGGCACAUCUUCUGGGCUCUUCGGUGCCUUUUCUUGUCCAAUUGGAAUGAACCGGCACACUGUAAGCUAUGAUGACCUCAUGGAUGCCACCAUGCAUUCGCCACCUUCAGACUUCAACGUUAACAUCUUUUGGAAAGACCCUGUCAUCCCACAGCACAAGUUCAGGAACACUGCAGAGGAAAGUGGGAGUGCUGGGAAGUUGGUGACUUUUGAGGCAGGGGCACCAGUCAAUCCCCAAGUUCCUGUUGUGAAAGCCAAAGCCACCUCUUUGAUGAGCACACUUAUGAUAAAGCAGACCCAAGACAACCUCCAUAGGUUUGAGCACCAGGCAGGGCUCACUGAUGCUGGGUAUUCUCCCCACAAGGGGCUUUCUGCUGAGGAGACUCGCUUUCACCGACUGGGUGACGGCACCUUGCCAGUGAGUAUGAACACAUGUGUUGUAAAAGACUCUUGAUGUGCAAGGAGCAAAGA